AUGAAGGCCUGCAAAGAACUGUUCAUAUCUCUGCUUUCUGGGAUUGCGGCAGUCGCAAAGGGAAGAUGUUCACCACAUGGGCUGUUUGUCAGACUUAAACCACUGGUACUAGCUGUCUGCGCACAGCCUGAUACUUGGGUGGGAAAUCAGAGGAAUAUUUUUGAGAGUUUAUCUAAGAUUUGUUGUGAGAUUAUUGAAUCUAUUUGGGUCAAGGAUCGAGCUUUAGUGAACACCUUCAUUGGGGAGGGGGGGUUGCUUCAAGGAUUCAUGAAAAUAAGAAUUACAAAGAGCAGGCUGGUAGGGAGAAGGAAGAUCCUACUGUACCGCUGA